GAGAUGUGGGACCUUACAAGACCGCAAGUCAUGCCUUGAUGGAAAAUAUUGCAGUCAGCUUCCUUUUAAGUGAACGUUCCUCUUCGCUUACUCCUUCCAUGGGGACCCUUCAGCUCUCCAAGCGCUGUCCAAUGGCCGAACUGAUGAGACCCAAGUUCUUCUCGAUCCUCCUCUUCUUCUGCGUUGCCCGUCUCGUCCACUUGGAGCACUGCGAGUCCACGCACUUCAUAAACGACCUAGUGGAGGAAGAAGACAGCUCUUGGCCGGACGAAGAAGAUGGAGUGGACAUGGUCCAGACGAGGCAUGAUGCUCCGAAGCAGAGCUGCGACAUGUCGACCGGGAAGUGGGUGGUGGACGAGUCGUACCCUCUCUACGAUUCCAACUGCCCUUACCUCAGCACCGCCGUGACUUGCCAGAGAAACGGACGACCCGAUUCGGAUUACCAGAAGUGGAGGUGGAAGCCCCAGGCAUGCUCACUGCCAAGGUUUGAUGCGCUGAAAUUUCUGGCAAAGAUGAGAAAGAAGAGAAUAAUGCUGGUAGGCGAUUCUAUAAUGAGGAAUCAGUGGGAGUCACUUGUGUGCUUAGUGCAAGGCGUGAUUCCAACUGGCCGGAAAACAGUAUCGUACAAUGGACCUUCCAUGGCUUUUCAUGCAAUGGAUUUUGAGGUGUCGAUAGAAUUUUCCUGGGCUCCGCUGCUGGUGGAACUGACCCAAGGACCUCAAAACAAGAGAAUCUUGCACUUGGAUUUGAUUGAAGAGAAUGCCAAGUAUUGGAGGGGAGUUGACGUCCUUGUGUUUGAUUCUGCUCACUGGUGGACUCACUCAGACAAAUGGAGUUCAGCCAAAAAAUUUCAUCCUGCUGAUUUUAGAAUGUGGAACCAUCCAAAAUUCAGGUGGGAUUACUACAUGGAGGGAAGAUCCAUGUUCAGGAACUUGAAUCCAAUGGUGGCUUAUGAGAAAGGACUCACUACAUGGGCCAAAUGGGUGGACUUGAAUCUGAAUCCUCAGAGAACCAGAGUCAUUUUCAGAAGCAUGUCACCCAGGCACAACAGGGAAAAUGGGUGGAAAUGCUACAACCAGAAGCAACCUCUGGCAUACUUCAGCCACCGGCAUGUCCCUGAGCAGCUGGUCGUGCUACAGCAAGUGGUGAGGAAGAUGAGAUUCCCUGUGUAUUUGCAGGACAUAACGGCAAUGUCUGCACUGAGGAGAGACGGGCAUCCCUCGGUGUACAGAAGAGAGAUGAACCAGCAGGAGAGGCAGAACCCGAGAGGCUUCUCGUCUGAUUGCAGCCACUGGUGCCUCCCAGGAGUGCCCGAUACUUGGAACGAGAUGCUGAAUGCUUUGCUCUAAGCAUUGGAAAUCUAGUGCAAGGAUUUGAGUAGGAACUAGUUUUCAGGUUUGUAGAAGAACUGCUUCUACAGAUGAUGGCGCGUUUCUUUGUGUUUCGUCUUUGUAAAUUUGUAUGCGAUGUUCAUCGUUGACGGUUUUAUCGGGUUUGUUAUGCGAUUGCUGCUCUGCGUCUGCUUUGUCA